AUGGGGUCCUUCGUGCAUGGCAUGGGGCCUUCGAUGUCGUAUUACAUACUUGGGAAAUCUGUCGACGCAGUUGGGAACAACUUAGGCAAUCUGGACGCAAUUGUCCAUGCACUUUCUAAGAUGGCAUAUCUGAGAUCAGUGCUCAGUCAAGAUGUUGGAGCUUUCGACACUGACUUAACCACUGCGUACAUCAUGGCUGGAGCAACAAACCACAUGAAGGUCAUACAAGAUGCAAUUGGCGAGAAGACUCUUUCACACAUCAAGACUGUCUUCUCAUUUGUUGGAGAAAACUCCGCAAUGAGAUCGUUCAUCAAAUGCAUGGACAAGCAAUACAAGCUAAGCAAGAAAGAGGCAAUGACAAAAGGACUAGUCUAUAUUGGAGCAGUAGCGGUAACUGCAAGAUCUGCGACAGCGGGUGAAACAAUUGCUGCCGUCAUUAACAUCCUCUCCGCUGCGAUAUAUAUCUCGAAUGCAGCACCAGAUCUCCAGGCCUUCAGCCAAGCUAAAGCUGCUGGUAAAGAAGUAUUUAAGGUUAUCAAAAGAAAACCGGCGAUAAGUUAUGAAUCAGAUGGAAUAAUCUUAGACAAGGUCACUGGAGAUAUUGAAAUAAGAGAGGUGGAAUUCACAUAUCCAUCCCGUGAGGAAAACCCAAUUCUUCAAGGAUUCUCGCUAACUAUACCAGCAGGCAAAGUCGUGGCUCUUGUGGGGAGCAGUGGAUGUGGGAAGAGCACCGUGAUUUCUCUGGUACAAAGGUUCUAUGAUCCUAUAUCAGGUGACAUUAUUAUCGAUGGUCAAAACAUUAAGGAACUCGAUCUGAAGUCCUUGAGAAGAAAUAUAGGUUCAGUAUCUCAAGAACCAGCACUAUUUUCUGGUACUAUCAUGGAUAACUUGAGAAUUGGCAAAAUGGAUGCAACUGAUGAAGAGAUAAUUGAAGCAGCAAAAACAGCUAAUGUGCACUCUUUCAUAUCCAAACUUCCAAACCAAUACUCAACUGAGGUAGGAGAAAGAGGUGUGCAACUAUCAGGUGGUCAGAAACAGAGAAUAGCAAUUGCAAGGGCUAUUCUCAAAGAUCCUCCAAUUCUUCUUCUUGAUGAAGCCACAAGUGCACUUGAUUCAGAAUCAGAGAAGGUAGUCCAGGAUGCUCUUGACAGAGCUAUGCAAGGGAGGACAGUUAUCUUGAUUGCUCACAGAAUGUCAACAAUAAUAAAUGCAGACAAGAUUGUUGUUGUGGAGAAUGGAAGAGUAGCUCAAUCUGGAACACACGAAGAAUUGCUGGAGAAAAGUACAUUCUACUUGAGUGUAUGCAAUAUGCAAAAUCUAGAGAAGAAAUCUGGCAAGAGUGAAGAAAGAUUUACUGAUCAAGGAGCAGAACAAGACACUGAAACAUACAAAGAACACUCCUUCACUGCCCAUGAACAAGAGAAGAAACCAGAACCCACCACAAAGCAACCAAAGCAAGGGGUCAGAAAGAGAACAUCUGCUUUCAACAGGAUAUUCCUCGGAACUAUGAAACUAGUACCACAAAAGGUUCUGCUGGGCUCCACAGCAGCAGCAAUCUCCGGGAUCUCAAGGCCUCUAUUUGCUUUCUACAUCAUGACAGUUGGCAUAGCAUACCUCGAUCCAGAUGCAAAGAGAAUGCACUAUAUCUAUGGCCUGGUCGGCGAAAGGGCAAUGAAUAACCUAAGGGAGGCCCUGUUUUCAGUUGUCCUUCGGAACGAAAUAGGCUGGUUUGAAGAAUCAAAGAACAGUGUCGGCUUCCUGACCUCACGUGUUGUCACUGACACCUCCAUGAUUAAAACAAUUAUAUCUGAUCGAAUGGCUGUUAUUGUUCAAUGCAUCUCCUCAAUUUUGGUUGCAACAGUGUUAAGCAUGGCAGUGAACUGGAGGAUGGGUCUAGUUUCAUGGGCUCUGAUGCCAUGUCACUUUGUCGCCGGCCUUGUACAGGUCAGGUCAGCAAAAGGUUUUGCUACUGACACCUUUAAGUCUCAUCGGAAGCUCAUCUCACUCACUUCAGAGGCUGUUAGCAACAUUCGCACAGUGGCGUCUUUUGUUCAGGAAGAAGAAAUACUCAGGAAAGCAGAUUUGGCAUUGCAAGAACCGAUGCGGAUAAGCAGGAUCGAGAGUAUCAAGUAUGGCGUAGUACAGGGGAUUUCCCUCUGCUUGUGGCAUAUGACACAUGCUAUUGCAUUGAGUUAUACCAUUGUGCUACUUGACAAGAGACUAGCAACAUUUAAAGACUGUGUGCGAUCAUACCAAGCAUUUGCAAUGACAAUAUCUUCCAUCACGGAGCUAUGGUCUUUGAUACCUAUGGUACUGUCAGCCAUUGCAAUAUUGGAUCCUGCACUAGACAUUCUCGACAGAGAAACGCAGAUUGUGCCAGAUGAACCAAAAGUGACCAGUGAAGACAGAAUUGUAGGUAACGUUGAGUUUGAAGAUGUAAGGUUCAGCUAUCCCUCGAGACCAGAAGUGACCAUACUAGAUAGUUUGAGUCUAUCUAUUGAGUCAGGCCAAAGGGUCGCAUUGGUCGGGCCAAGUGGUUCAGGAAAAUCCACAGUGUUAGCUCUUCUGCUAAGAUUCUAUGAUCCUUGCAACGGGCGAGUACUUGUCGAUGGUAAGGACCUCAGAAGCUACAACCUGAAGUGCCUGAGAAAGCAGAUAGGAUUUGUUCAGCAAGAGCCAAUCUUGUUCAACCUGUCUAUAAGAGAGAACAUCAGCUACGGGAAUGAAGGUGCGUCGGAAACAGAAAUAGUGGAGGCUGCAAUGGAGGCAAACAUCCAUGAGUUCAUAAGCAGCCUGUCAAAAGGGUAUGACACGGUGGUAGGGGACAAAGGAAGCCAACUUUCUGGAGGUCAGAAGCAAAGGAUAGCUGUGGCAAGAACUAUACUGAAGAAGCCCGUCAUACUGCUACUAGAUGAGGCGACGAGCGCUCUAGAUGGUGAAUCCGAGAGGGUGGUGAUGGACACCCUGGGCGCAAAGGGGUGGAAAAGCAAAGGUGAGCUUUCAAGCAAGCUGACAAGUAUCACGAUUGCACACAGACUGUCCACUGUCACAAACACAGAUGUGAUCGUCGUGAUGGACAAAGGCGAGGUGGUAGAAACGGGUAGCCACGCAACAUUGCUCGCAGCAAGCAAUGGCAUUUACGCAAGACUGUACAGUAUGCAAAUCAAAGUGGGUUAA